AUGAAAGAUCUAACAAAUCAUACUGAAUAUUGUGAUUUAAAAUUACCUAUAAAUUAUAAUUUACAUGGAUUAAUUGGUUAUAUAUCAUUAGCAUGUGUUGGAUUAUUUUAUGGAUUAUUUGGUUAUCGUUGUUGGCGUUUAACUAUGUUUUUAACAUCAUUUGGUCUUAGUGCAUUAGUUUUUUAUAUUAUUUUAUCAACACAACCAACAAUAAAUCAAUUACAAUUAAUAAGUAUAUCAUGUUCAAUAGCUAUAUUAUUUGGUUUAAUUAAUAUAUUAUUACAAUAUGUUGGUUUAUUUAUAAAUGGUUUUUGUUUUGGUUUAAUUUUAUCAAUAAUAAUAUUUAUUAUAUUGGAUAUUAAAAAUUCACAAAAUGGUAUAAUAACAUCAUUUUGGUUAAUUAUUGGUUUAAUAUUAAUCUUAGGUAUAAUAUGUUCAAUAUUAACAUUACGUUUUCAAAAAUUUAUGAUUAUUAUUAUAUCAUCAUGUUUAUCUGGUGUAUGUCAAAUACUUGUAUUAGAUUAUUUUCUUCAAUUAUCUAUUUUAUUUCAUUAUAUACAUAAACGUCUUUUAUUUGAAAAAGAACAAUUAUCAUGUAUACAUCAUUGGAUUAUUGUUUUUAUAUUACCUAUAAUAAUGUUAUUUUCAAUUGUUAUACAAUAUACAUGUACAGGAAAAAAUUAUGAUCAUAGAGAUUCAUGGCAUAAAAUUAUAAGUUCAGGCAGAAAACAUUAUAGAACAGCAAAUUUAAAAAAAAUUCGUCGUCAUUAUGAACGAGAUACACUUCGACAAAAGAUUAUUCCUGAUGAAAGUAAUCGUUUUCGACAUUUUUAUCAUAUACGAAGAACUAAUGGAGAUGCUCUUUCAUCAGAUUUUAUACAAAACAUACGACAACAAAAUUCCACAGCAGUUUAUUUAACUAAGAAUAAUAAUGAUAAUAGAAGUACAACAGUUACAAUUGAAACAACACCAACACGAAAAGAUACCGACAGUACAACAACAACAUUAACUCAUUUAAUUUAA